UUUCUCUCUCUCUCUCCUUCUCUCUCUGUCACUCCCUCUCUCUCCCACUCUCACCCACUAGCUAACAGAGCUCCAGGCUGAGCUUCUCACACAGGCUCCUCCACUCCACUGCUCCGAGCGCGUGCACUUCUCUCUUUCCACGCCAGUGUAUGUGAGUGUGUGUGUGAGCGCGUGUGUGUGUAUGUGUGUGUGUGUGGAGGGGAGCGCGUGCGUGUGAGAGUGCAUGCUGCUCAUUCCACUUUGCCGGGAAUUAAGUGGGGAUGGGUUUGGAAUGGCUCUCUGGGAUGGAGAUCUAAAGAUCUGAGGAAACAGCAGAAAAGUGCAACUUCCAACCAAAAGAGGCUGAAAAAGGAAAAGAGCUGCACAGAGGAGGACAGGGGCAUGAUGCUGAAGAGUGCUGCAGCUGCUAGUGGUGUAUAACUGGGGGAGUUCCCUGGAAACAUCACUUUAUACACACACAUACCAGAGGUGGUUGUGUGUGUUUGGAGCCUCUUUGCUUUUUUGUUUUAGUUUAUAUAUUUUUUAAUUUGCAGUUUCUGGUUCUCUCCUGAACUUUUUUUUUACCAUCUUCACUUUCUACCACUUUUUAAAACUGUGGGACCUGUCAACCCCAUUCAGAGAUGUAGAGCAUCCAAAUCCAUGAAGCAACCCAACCACUUGGAUCUUUUCUCUGUAUUAAAGCUGGAUUUUUAGGGAGGAUCUCACAAAUGUGGAGGCUUCACGCUUUCCAGUGACUUCACCCAUCCUCUGUUUGGCUCUCUGGACGCUCCUCUCCUUGUGUGUGUCCUGCUGGAGGGUCCUGCUGGAGGGAGAUGGGCACCCAUGCUUUGGGAUUUCUGCUGAUCUUCCUGCUGGAGCGCGCACUGGUCCAGGCGGCCAACAUGGAGCCCAUCUACUGGAAUUCCCUCAACAAGAGGUUUGGGGACGAGAGGGGCUAUGUGCUGUACCCUCAGAUUGGUGACCGGUUGGACCUGGUGUGUCCAGCGUCCGCUCCACCAGGCCCGCGCUCCACCUCUGAAUAUGAGUACUACAAACUGUACCUGGUGUCCACGCGCGAGCAGGCCGACAGGUGUGAAGUGAUCGGCGCCCCGAACCUGCUGCUGACCUGCGACCGGCCAAGCGCUGACAUGCGCUUUACCAUCAAGUUUCAGGAGUUUUCACCUAAUCUCUGGGGCCAUGAGUUCAAAAACCUCCAGGAUUACUAUAUCAUAGCUACCUCGGAUGGCACGAGGCAGGGGCUAGACAGCAUGCGAGGAGGAGUGUGUGUGACACGAGGGAUGAAGGUGGUGCUCAAAGUGGGACAGACUGCAUAUGGACUUCCUCCCAAACUCAAGCCAGAUCCAGCUCGAACCAACACCAGACCUCCAGGUCAGAGUGAUGAUGGCAGCUCUAAAGGUGGCGAUGGCGGUGAAGGUGAGCAGGGUGACGAGGGCACUGUUUCCGGCUCCAACAUCGCCCUGAUCGCGGGUGGAGCGGGCGGAGCUGCCUUUCUACUGCUGGUUGCUGUGGUGAUUGGAGUGGUGUGCUAUCGCCGAAGGAAAGCCAAGCACUCGGAGACACAUCACCCGGCCCUGUCCCUGUCCUCAAUGACCCCAAAACGGGGCAGCGGCACCGGAGUCACAGCCGGGGGCCUCUCUGGGGGGUGCAACACUGGUGGCUCAGAGCCCAGUGACAUCAUCAUCCCUCUGCGGACUUCAGACUCCGCCUACUGCCCGCACUACGAAAAAGUCAGCGGAGAUUAUGGACAUCCGGUUUACAUCGUCCAGGAGAUGCCCCCUCAGAGCCCCGCUAACAUCUACUAUAAAGUAUGAGGGGGACUAAAAUGUGUGCGCACACACACACAACACACACACACACACACAUAUGCAUACACACACACAUAUGACAUAUGUAAAACUAUAACAUCUUGGCAAGGGAAAGCUUCCUUAACAUAAUCAAUAUACCUAAUAUUUUUGACAAAAUAUUGUUAUAUAAAAUAAUAUACUAAGAAGCUGAUACCAUGUUUUUUUUAUAUAAAAAUGUCAUAAUUUAAUAUUUUUUAAUCUACUUCACCAUACGACCCAUAUAUCCAUACUGUAAUAAUCUUACAAUACUUAAGCUCUGCCCAUAUUGGAGUUAUGCUGCCUUCACAUCCAAAAAUAGCCUUUACGUAUUGAUUAAAAACUAACAAAUUUAAGUAACUCAUUUUAAUAACCAAUUUCAAGUACAGUUGAUGUUUUUUAUUGACACAUUUGCAACUAGGAAAGUAAUUAUGCAUUCAGGACAGAUUCUAGGCUUGUUUGGGGGAGAAGCUCAUUAUCCCUGGUUUAUUUCCACACACAAGAACCCUUUGGGGCUAAUGGCUCUAUUGUGCAAUUCUGUGCAUCAUUUUUCCACGUGUAGCCAUUUGCUGCUUUUUAAUAGACUGAGAAACAGAGCUUUUGCAUGACAUUUCACCGUGCAAGAGCUUCUCAACACACGCAAGCGUUCUCGUAUCAGAUUAUUUUUAUCAGUGCAGGCAAGCAAGACAAGCUUUCAUGCUGUCAGAACACACACUCACUCCACAAAGCUGAACUUAUUACAGUACCCUCGCUCCAGUCCUAUCACAGUGUGGGUUUAUUAGACAUUAGGUAUAUUUAUACCAAUGGGAAAGGAGGUAUUAUGAUCAAUUGAAACUGGUACUGCUCGUUACAAAAUUAACCAAUCACAUGACCCCACACAUGGCAACUGGAGAGGAAAACUUCAAACUUCACUGACUUUAUCGGUUCACUGAAGCCUGGUUACUUCCAGGCACGAAAACAGCUUUCACACUUGACCAAACAGACCGAACCUAUGCACCAAGCACUAACAGGUCCAUAUAAAAAGAGUGAGUGUGAGAACACUCUUAGCGUACUUAAAAUAAACUUUAUCUAAAAUACAUACAAUAUACAAGUUUUUUACAACAUUAACUCAAUUAUGUUGCAAUAAAAAUAUGUAUGCACGUGUUGAUUUUCUAUGUUUUAUUAUGUUUAAUAUACAGUUUAUUUUUAUAAAUAAUACUAUUUCCAACUGCAACACAAUUAAGCUAAUGUUACAGUUUAAUUUCAUCUAACUCAAACUCUUGGACUCCUGAUUGAUCCAUCUGUUUAUUAAAUAUUACAGUGUAAAAUGAUGCUGGUGCCUACAAGUGAUAUGAAAAAAACGCAUGUUUUAAAAUAAUUGACACAAAAAAUAUUAUAUAGUAGAAUUUAAUAAAUAAUUUCUGAGAUAAAGGUUGAUUUCUCUUGCCACGAUGUGUUGUUUAUCAGUGCACACACACACACUCUCAAACCUCACCUACAGACUGAUCCCCCCCCUGGACUUCAGCAUUCUCCUGCCUUGGGUUAGCUCUAAUGUCCUCUCCACGUCCCGACACUUCACACAGCAAUGUCCUGUCACCCACAGGGUGUGUGUGUGUGUGUGUGUAUGUGCGCGUGUUAAAUCAGACACACUGUGUGAAAUGUCUGUGGAGCUUUGUUCACACACGCAAUACAGACUGGCACUGAAGCCUUCAGACUGUAUUUACUUUAAUGUUUCUUUUACCAGCUGUAGGAACUGUUUGGAUAGAGACUUGGGAGUGUGUGUGUUGUGCGUGCGUGUGUUUGUUUGUGUGUGUGUGUGUGUGUGUUACAGACUGAAACUGAAGGAUGUGUUUGCUUGUCCUAAAAACCAACCACACAAAGGGAGCAGCACAUUUUGAAAGGUUCGCUCCAAGAGAAAAUGAAGAAGAGCUGUAUAAAACAUUUCAAUAUUUAAUCAGUUUUUAGAUCUUGUUUUUCUUUGCCCAUUUCUGUCAUCAGCUUUGUGAUAGUUGUCCUGUUUACAUUCUGCGUGUAGAAGGCCUGAUCCCCAUUGGUGGGAUCAUUUCAGUCGCUGUAUCAAAGCAUUGCUAAUUUUUGUUGUGUAUUUUUUCCCACAUUUUUGCCACUUACUGACAUUCUAUUCUGUACUUUGGAACUGUUUGACACGUUCAAGGAAGGAAUCUGAUCUGCAGAGCGAGGAAGAGGAAGAGCCUAUGGAAUGCUUGCUAUGAUGUUUUCGGACUGCUUUAUGAGCUUGUGGAGGGUAGUGCAUAGGUCCAAAAGUAUGCAGACACCCUUCUUUCUAAAGUAUUAGCUUGAGGUUCGGGAGAUUAUCCUCCUUUGCUGCAGUAACAUCCUCCUACUUUUCUGGGAAGUCAUUAUGCUAGAAGUUGGAACUUCUUUAGUUCUGUUAGUCUCCAGCUCAUCCCUAAGAUAUUCAGAGAACCCCACAGCUCCUCUGCUCUGGGGAGCUUUAUGCCCCCCACUUUUAGCACUAGGCACCAUGGCCUUGUGUACGGAGUAGGAGUGUCAUGUGUAGGAGCUUAGGCACAUUCUACUGGCCACUGACCAAUUGAAUGAGUGUAAAUUAGUUGAGUUUACUCAUUAAAAGUGGGCGUCUGGAUACUUUUGGACAUUCUGUUGCACUUUCCCAAUUUAGGCCCUCACCAACAUUCUUUGUGUUGUUAUGUUGUGACUUUUCAACACGUUCCAGAAAGGAAUUCACGAAGCGAGGAAGAGGAGGAGACCCGACCAAAAGACAGUUUAAUGUUCGCUGUGAAACUUCUCGUUUUCGGACUGGUUUAUGCGCGAGUGGUCAGAGGUCAAGAAGUCAAGGCCAGGCCUUGCGCAGGCCGGCAGACCGUCUCAGUCCAGUGUGGGAGUCGCUUUCCUGGAAUAAUUCACAGCCUGGGUUUUCCAAGCACUAAUGUUUUUGAGUUAUGGCCACUUUGUACCAUACCUACAGUACGCACACACACAUAUAUAUGUGACCUCACAACCCCACUGAUAUCAAUAUCAACUUAUGUUUUCAUUCUCUCUCCCUUGUGUGAUUUUUACAGCUUCGUAGCUACAGCAUAACCAGCAAGGCCAGGUUUUAGGAUAUGUGUGUGUGUGUUUGAAAGAGUGCAAAACUGAAGAUCUGGGCCUCCAGUGCUACAAAAUUUAUUGUUCCUGCUCCAAAGCUUCCAUCAAUCUCUAUAGGGUCUGCUCGCAGAUGAGUUCCUCCAUACCUACAGUUGUGAGGACAGACAAGGUUUUUCAGAACGAUUAGAGAAAUCCCAUUAAACCUUAUGAAGACCGUGACUCCAACUCUAACUCAAAUUCUAUACUGACUUUAGACAUGAUAUAACACAGUGGAUCAACACUAUAAGAUGACAUGGCUCUUCAAACCAUCACUGAUCAUCAGUUAAUUUUACAUUUUAUUUGGAAAUUAAAGGAUCAGAGUCUGGAGGAAGAGUGGAGAGACACACAGUCCAAGCUGCUUGAGGUCUAGGGUGAAGUUUCACCAAUCAGUGAUGGUUUGGAGAGUCAUGUCAUCUGCUGGUGUUGAUCCACUGUGUUAUAUUAUCAAGUCUAAAGUCAGUGCAGUGUUUUCCCACAAAAUCUUACAGCACUUCAUGCUUCCCUCUGCUGAGAAGACUUUUAUGGAGAUGCGGAUUUAAUUUUCAAAGGAUUUGGCACACUGCCCACACUGCCAAAAGUAGCAAUUGGUCUUAUAAAAUAUUAUUAUUAUAAUAUUAUUAUUAUAAAAAGUUUCUGAUUGAAUGAUUUUUGGACCAUGAUCAUCAGCAAUAAAAUAAAUAAACAUUUAAAAUAUAUAUGUGUAAUACAUCUAUAUAGUAUAUGAGUUUCACAUUUUUAACUGAAUUACUAAAAUAAACUAUAAUAAAUUUAAUAUAAAAUUUUUUUGAGAUGCACUAGUACAUUGAGAUGCAGCUACAGUCUCUCAUUAGCAUUGAAUGGGUUCUGUAAAACUUGUCCGACCUCACAACAGCAGCUAAGGAAGAGAUUAUUUGGGGGCGGAGCAUGUAGAGGUCAGUUGUUGCUGUGCUUUUGCUGUCAUUAACCCCCCAACACACAUACACACACAUACAUAAACAUACCUUCAGCACUAAACCCCAAACCCUUGUCCGAUGUAAGCACUUUUUUCAUCGUAGUUUAUUUUUUGUUAUAAGCGCCAGACCUGCCUGCUGAAAUUCGGCCCACAUUGUUCAAGCUGUACUGUUAACACAGACACUGCCACCUGCAGGACUGGAGGAGAAACUGUUGUUUUUAUAACUAUGUACUUCUGAAUCUGCUGCAUAUAUUUUUGUCUGUAAUGACCAGAAUGUUCAGCAGGAUUCUGCAGUGUGUGUGUGUGUGUGUGUGAAUGUGUAAGUGUAUGGUUGGGGAGUGUGUGCUGGAAUGCAGGUCAGAGUUACACAUUUCCUGCGGUAUUUCACUCCAUUUCACUACCAUUUCCCUGAUGAAUCAGAAAGCACUUAAAAUGCACUUAAAGGGACUGUUGAAAUUUUACAGACAGUAUAAAACGUUUCCAAACAACCACAUUGGGCAUCUGGUAAUCUGGUGUCUGCUUAUUUGAACUUGGAGCUAGCAUAGCUAACAAGUAAUGGAAGCUUACACCUUGCUAGUUAGCAUGCUUCAAACCACAUAGGGCUCACUCUUACACUCAUGAUGCUUAUUGCUACCUUACACCAUGUGAACAGUCUAUUUUCACGCUUUGCACCUGCGUCAUUUAAAUAGCGACGGAGCUUCAAGCUUACUUGCUCAGCAUGUGCAAACUCAACAUUUACAUCAACAAUAAACAGAAUAUUGAAUAAAAUAACAUUGCUGUUGCUGUAAAUGACCUGCUCCCGCACCUUCACUGCGUGAACAAGCAGGUCAGAUUCCUCUGAAGAGAUGCACAGAAGCACUGCACUGUUAAAAUAGCAAUCCGCCAAAGUCAGAGCGCAUCUGGAUCUUAAAGAGAAUGGCAAGUGACAUGCUGAUUGGUUUAUUUGACAUUCUGGCAAAACACACCCAUAAGUUAUUAAGAGAAUUAGUACAUGCAUUUUGCACAUUUAGAGCCCCACAAGCUGCUAGGUGCAAAGUGGAUGACUUGUUUUGUUUUAGUAUUUUGAGCCAAAAUACGCAAUAUUUCUAUAAUAUAAUAAGUCCGAUUCUGGAGUUAAGGUUUACACUGUGGUGCUGUGGAGCUCACUGUUGAAGCUGCUCGGUCACAGUAUACCCCAAACAACCACUAGAUGGAACUCUGAAACUGGAGCACAGCUGCAGACACUCAGCCAUGGCUACUGGCUCAGCUGGAGUCCAGAAUUUGAGUUUGUUUCGCUGUUUCUUUCGUUCAUAUGUGUAAAAUUAAUGCAUCUUAUGGUGGAAUGGAAAUUAAGAUUUUAACCCCAAUAACCUGAUAAUACUAUUCUCCAUUCAGUGCAUCUCAGUGCAGCUCAAACCAGAAUUAGUAGGGCUGUGUUUUGGCAAAAAAACGUAGAGAUACAAUAUGUAUCACAAUACAGGAGUACAAUUCAAUAAAUUGCAAUAUAAUAUAUAAUGCAAAACAAUGUAUUGCAGUUGUUUAGAUCAUAAUAUUCAUUUUUAGAAAACUGUUAUAGUAUAAAAGAUUUUAAUAAAAGAAGAGGACACUUUUUUAUGUAAUUAGAACAGUGGGAUCCAAUGACAACACUGCUAUUUAUUAGGUACAACACAAAAUUAACUACUGUCUUUUUUUUUUUUUUUUUUUAACUACUGUCUAACACCAAUCUUUACAGAUAACUAAUAACUAAAUAUCGAUGCUGUGUUUUUGAAAAUGUACACAGUAUUGCAAAACUUAAUAUUGUAAUACUCUGAUAUAUUAAUAUUGUCUUACACUUCUGGUGAGUACUUAAUACAAUUUAGAUUAAAACUCAGAUGUGAGAAAUCAAAGUUUAGAAUAAAAUAUAUAUUUAAGUUUUCUCAAAAAAUUGCUUUAGCAUUACAUAACAAACACAGCUAACCACACAAACAUUUUAAACAGGAAGGUGAGUUAGCCAAUGUUUGUCCAUGUUUGAGACAGCAGUAUGGUGUAUAGUGUCAGAAAUUACGUAAGUCUGUUAUAGAUUACUGAUCACCUCCACACAGUUUAAAAAAUAGUGUGUAAUGAUUUAAACAGACAGUUAGCACUGUGCUAGUUAGCUUACGUGAGCUUCCAUUACUUGUUAAGCUAGCUACAUUAGCCUCAGUAUUAAACACACUGACUGACCACAUUUAGGCUAAAGGAGAAAUGUUGUGAAUGAGAUAUUUGUCUAAACCAGAUGUCUAAGGCAGAUAAUGUCUCCUGCACCAUUGUUUCCAUCAUCUCACUCUACCAAAGAACCAGCACUCGCAGGAGUGGACCUGACCUGUGUCCUGGUGUACACGUCCUGAGCAUAUCUAUGGGUGAGGUAUAAAGUGAGAUGUGUUUUGGAGUGAUAUGUAACGUGUGGUUCAUAUUUUACCUCACAAAUUCCCUCCUAUUCACCUCUGAGGAUGCGUCAUUGUUUGUUGGUAGUAAGCUGUUAGCAUCCAAAUGAGCCCUGGGUUUAAGCCGCUUUCUGUUGUGGGGAAAGAAAUUGACCUAAAUCUAUUUCUGUGGUUCACAAAUGAGUUCCAAAGCAUAUAUUUUGUUUUGUUGAAAAAAAGCACUGUCCUCUUUAUAUUACUAAGUAAACCAGAAAUAUUGCUACAGAUAUGCGACAUGUAGGCUAACGUUAGCUUGCUAACACAGUAAGGCUGUCAUAUAAUAAGGACACAAUUAAUAUCCAGCAUCCAGUAGUAUUCAGCCUAAAAAUGGUAUAAAACACUUUUGGUGUUUGAACAAAUAAGUCUAAAAAGACCAAAUAAAUUAUAAUAAAAUAAUAAUACAGAAUAAUAAUUUUUGUCAUGUUGUGCUUGGUUGGUUUAUCUACUGGGAUUAAAAAAUGUUCAGUGUUAAAUAAAUAUUUUUAAAUUGUAGCUUUGUAAUUGCUUUUUUUUUUUAAAGCAGGACAGAAAUACAUUCAGGCUGUUUAAUUCAUGUCCAAAUGUUUUAUUUUGUUUGAAAUAAGUUUCAACCAAAAAAAAAAAAAAAAGAAAACAAAACUAAGAAAUAUGGUCCAGCAAAAGAUUACAUUUUUACAUCAUGUCUGGGUGGUUCAAGCUGGUUUUUAAUGGUCAGCAGGUAAAAAAAAAACGAGUAAAAAUCUUGGUCCAUUCUUGCAGUAGAGGUUUAGUUUUGGUAGAUUAAUAGAGGUAUGAAAUGCCUUGGCAGUCUGUGAUCGAUUAAUGAAGAAACAGUGAAAAGCCACAGUUAAGAGCAGGAUCAGUGUAGUUAGUGUAAUUGUUGAAAAGCAUCAGACAAAUUAUUAAAACCAGAUACAAAGAGUUUAAAAACUAAGAGGUGAUUUUAAUGUUAUGGUUGAUCCAUGUAAUGUACAGCUCUGGAAAAAAAAUAGACCACUUAAAAAUGAUGAGUAUCUUUGAUAUUUUACCAAAUUGAAAACCUCUGGAUUAGAAUCAAGAGGAAUAUAGAUGUUCACAAGCCAUCAAACCAAGCUGAACUGAAUUUUUUUCACCAGGAGUGGCAUAAAGCUAUCCAAAAGCAGUGUGUAAGACUGGUGGGGGAGAAAUUGCCAAGAUGCAUAAAAACUGUGAAAAAGUAUUAAAAUUGUUAUUAAAAUGUAUUCCACCAAAUAUUGAUUUCUGAACUCUGAAAAAAUUAUGAAUAUGAACUUGUUUUCUUUGCAUUAUUUGAGGUCUGAAAUCUCUGCAUCUUUUUUUGUUAUCUUAGCCAUUUCUUAUUUUCUGCAAAUAAAUGCUCUAAAUUACAA